AGUUCCUACCCUGUUUUCCAGGAGCACAUGAUUCGAGAGGAUGCCAAGGGUCUGACGCCAAGACAAUGCGCUGUAAUGGAGGUAGUCCUGGCUACCAUCAAGCAAUACUUUCAUGCAGGAGGAAAUGGCCUGAAAAAGAAUUUCUUGGAAAAAAGCCCAGAUCUUCAGUCUCUGAGAUAUGCUCUCAGUCUUUAUACCCAAACUACUGAUGCCUUGAUAAAGAAAUUCAUAGAUACUCAAACCUCACAGAGUAAGUAACACAUCUGAGACUAAGGUAAACUGAAUAC